AUGGCCCCGGUGCUGUGGUUGUGGCUGGCAGCCCUGCUGGGCUCGGCCCGGGCGUGCCCUGAGCCCUGCGCUUGCGUGGAUAAGUACGCUCACCAGUUCGCCGACUGCGCCUACAAGGAUCUCCAGGUGGUGCCCACUGGGCUGCCCUCCAACGUGACCACCCUCAGCCUGUCGGCCAACAAGAUCACGGCUCUGCAGCGGCGCUCCUUCGUGGAGGUGACCCAGGUGACAUCCCUCUGGUUGGCGCACAAUGAGAUCCGCGCCAUCGAGCCCGGCGCCUUCGCCAUCCUGGUGCAGCUGAAGAACCUUGACAUCAGCCACAACCAGAUCGUAGACUUCCCCUGGCAGGACCUCUACAACCUCAGCGCCCUCCAGCUGCUCAAGAUGAACAACAACCACAUGGCUGUGGUGCCCCAAGGAGCUUUCCACACCCUGAAGGACCUGCGGUCUCUGCGCAUCAACAACAACAAAUUCACCACGCUCGCCGAAGGCAUCUUCGACUCGCUCAGCUCCCUGUCCCAUCUGCAAAUCUACAACAACCCCUUUGAGUGCUCCUGCAAGCUCCAAUGGCUCAAGAAGUGGAUGGACAGCACGCUUAUCUCCAUCCCGGAGAAGGAAUCCAUCACCUGCAGCCUCCCAGAGCAGCUCCGUGGGGUGCCGGUGGGGAAGAUCCCAGAUGCACAGUGCACCUCACCCUCUGUGCAGCUUACCUACUACCCCAACCUGGACACCACGGAGCUCUUUGAUGGCUUCACCUUGACGCUGCACUGUGCCGUGACAGGCACUCCACCACCCGAAGUCAGCUGGAAGAUCCGCACCUCCAGCCAGACCCUGGAGCUCAGUGGCAGCCCAAGUGAGAGCGCAGGGAAGGACCCCCCCAAACAGGACCCUGAGCGCUUCUUGGUCUUCAAGAAUGGCACGCUGGUGAUUCCUCACUUGAGCAAGCGGGAGGAGGGCACCUACACCUGCCUGGCCACCAAUGAAAUGGGGAGCAACCAGACCUCAGUCAAUGUGGCAGUGGCUGGAUCCCAGAAGUACCCGUUGCAGCCUGGCAGGGACCCAACGGGAGGCAAAGCACAGCCAGGUGACAAGAAGCCUGGAGCCAAGGGAGCGAAGAACAGUGUGCUCACACCCGAUGAGAGGAGCAAACCCCUCAGCCCUACCCGGCAGAGCCACCCAUCCUCAGCGGCUGGGAUGGAGCCCACGGGAGACGGGAAAAUCCCCUUCCAGCUUCCUCCCUUUGAGAAGAAGUGUGGCUCCAUGCCAACCAGCAGAUACAUUUCCAACCAUGCCUUCAACCAGAGUGGUGACUUCAAGCAGCACACCUUCGACUUGGGUGUGAUCGCCUUGGAUGUGUCGGAGCGCGAUGCCCGGGUGCAGCUGACGCCCACCUACGUGCAGCCCGACAAGGUGCACCUGAGGAUGCUCUACCUGUGCCAGGAGAGCAGCCGUGGCCACGCCUUGGUGCAGUGGUCCAAGAUCGAGGAAGGAGUGAACUCAUACUGGUUCCAGGGCUUGAAGCCUGGCACCAACUACUCGGUGUGCCUCACUUACCUAGGGGAGGACUGCCAGGUCCAAGUGGUCUUCACCACCAAAAAGGAGAUCCCCUCUCUCAUCAUCAUUGUGGUCGUGAGCAUCUUCCUGCUGCUCCUGGCCACCCUCCCCCUGAUGGGUGCCACGUGGUGCCACCUCCUCUCCAAAUACCAGGGCAAAACCUACAAGCUGAUCAUGAAAGCCCAGAACCCAGACCAGAUGGAGAAGCACAUGGCUGCCGACUUCGACCCCCGCGCCUCCUACCUGGAAUCCGAGAAGAAUUACAACCCCAGCGAGGUGGGGGAAGGGGAAGCAGAGGAAGAGGACGAUGAUGAGGAAGAUGAUGACGAAGGAGGUAGGCGGAGGAGGAGGAGAGAAGCCGAGGAGACCACGGAGCUGGAGCGGGAGGAGAGCGUAGCAGCCAGCUCCAUGGCGGAGUCGCAGUCCAAAGCCAAUGGUGAGGAGUUUGAGGUGCGCUCCGAGUACAGCGACAAGCUGCCGCUGGGUGCCGAGGCUGUCACCAUCUCCCAGGAGAUCAACGGGAACUACCGGCAGCGUCCUCGCGGCAGGCCCUCGGGGAAGGGGUUCGGGUCCGAGGGGGCGGGGGGCGAGCGGGACGCUGAUGUCCCAAUUUCGUUUCCGUUCAGAUUCAAAUUGGUCUCCGCUGCCGCUGCGGCGCAACGAUUCCGCAUCCCCCUCCCUCCCGGUUCCACCGCUCACCCCUUAUUUUCGCCAUGCCGCAAGCCCCGGCUGGAGCGGGACGUGCCCGUGGGUGACGGUGACCACAUGCUCAUCCCACGGUGGUGUCACAACCAGACCAAAAACCCGAGGGAAAGGCUGAACGGCAGCUCCGAACCUCGGCUGGGCGCCCGCAGCUCUCCAUCGCCCCGCACUAUUUUUAACCCCGCUCACGGCCUCGGUUGUGUCUGCGCAGGCAGCAGAGAGCUGGAGCUCCGCACAGGACGGAGCUGGGGAGGGGGGGCGGAGGGUCCUGCGGGGUUUGGUGGCCCCACUUUGUUCGGUUGGGGACUCUUAGGGCACAGAGCAAGGGAUGCUCUGCGCCCCGAUGCUGUGUCCUCCUGCGUAUCCACACCGAACUGGGCACGGUGCUGCGGGACAACCCCCCCCGGGACGGAGGGACGGGUUUGGGAGCCCUUUGCGCUGCCCUCCCCCACCCCCCCCAGAUCUUUGGGGCCGGGAGCGGUGGGGCCGCGGGGGGAGGAGGGGCCGCCUGUGUGUUUUUUUUCCCUGCGAUCCUCGGCGAGGCGAGGAGCUGGAGCGGGAGGAAGGAUGGGGCCGCUGCUGUGCUGCCUGGGCAUCGCCGUGCUGCUGUGCCGCGGGCUGGCCUGCCCCGGGCCCUGCUCCUGCUCCACCAAGAAGAACGGGCGCCUGCUGGCCGAAUGUGCCUACAAGGAGCUGCCCGAGGUGCCGCGGGGGCUGUCCCCUAACGUCACCAUCCUGACACUGUCGGCCAACCGCAUUGGCUGGCUGCGGCGCAGCGCCUUCGCCGAGGUGCCCGAGGUGCAGUCGCUGUGGCUGGGCUACAACCAGAUCGGUGGUGCCGAGCCGGGCACCUUCGCCAUGCUGUCACAGCUGAAGAACUUGGAUCUGAGCCACAACAAGAUGGUCACCUUCCCAUGGCAGGACCUGCGCAACCUGAGCGGGCUGCAGAUCCUCAAGCUGAACAACAACCGGCUGGCCGGGCUGCCCCGAGAUGCUUUCCAGGCGCUGGCGGAGCUGCGCUCGCUGUGGCUCAAUGACAACCAGCUCACCACGCUGGCUGAUGGCACCUUCCAUCCGUUGCCCUCGCUGUCCCAGCUGCAGCUCUUCAACAACCCCUUCAAUUGCUCCUGUAAGCUCUUUUGGCUCAAACGCUGGGCUGAGAGCACUUCGGUGUCCCUCACCAAGGGUGGUUCCACGCUGUGUGCAGCGCCGGGGCGGAUGCGGGGCCGGGCGGUGACCGACAUCCCGGCUCAUCAGUGCGUGGCUCCAUCAGUGCAGCUCACCUACCUGUCUAAACUGGACAACACGGUGCUGCCUGAUGGGCUGACACUCAGCCUGCACUGCAGCGUGGCGGGCAGCCCCCUGCCCCAGAUCCGUUGGAGGAUCCAGACCCCUGGGCACGGUGUUGAGAUCGAUGGGCCCAAUGUGGCUCGGGAUGGGAGCCUCUCCCCAUCUGGGCGCAUCAAACAGAGCCAGGAGCGCUUCUUGGUCUUCAAGAAUGGCACCAUGGCCAUCCCCAAGUUCAGCAAGGAAGAUGAAGGCACCUACACCUGCAUUGCCAUCAACGAUGUGGGCACAAGAGAGGUGUCAGUCAACGUGGCCUUGGCCGGAUCGGAGAAUCCAGCUGAAGACCUGCUACAGGAUGACCCCCACGCCAGCCCUCUGGGGGGACGGAGCUGCUACAAGGGUGAUGAGAUGGAUCCUGUUGGUGCUGGGGAGAAGCUGGUCAUUGUCUACCACGUGCCAAGGGAGGUGAAGGGCAUGGCUGGAGAAGCUGUGCCCCGGGUUGGGCUGGUAACCCUGCUGCUGGCCUUGGGCAUCGCGCUGGGCUGGUGAAGGGGAGCAGAGACUGGUGCCAGGGCUCCCCCACUUUCUGUAUCAUUUACCUUCACAUAGUGCCACGUGUUUGCUGAGCUUUUGGAACUGCAGGCGGGCGCCAAAGUGGUCGAGAGCUGAGCCCAGGGCUGGUCCAACCCCUGCGUACACAGGGGCAGGGCUGGAGCUGAGAGCUCCAUCAAGGCUUGGGUGAUGUAGGGUAGAUCCACACUGUGCUGUUGCUGCAGGGCCAGACAGCCUUAUGGUGGGGUCCUUUAGAGAAUGGAGGCAGCACAGUGCUUCUUUGUGUGAUUGAUAUGGCAGGAGAGGUGCAGAGCACCCGGUACCAGGCAUGGAUCAGGCCAUGAGGAACAGGCUAAGCCUUUCCUGCAUAGGACUGGUUGGGUGAGGGACUACCCAUGGUGUCGUGCCCUCCCUGUGUCCCAGGACCAGGCCACCCUCACUGCCUCACACAUCUGUGAUGCAGAUGUUUUCCCCUCCAUUCACCACCAGAGCCCACAGUCCAAACCCCUCGGCCGGGCCGGUCCCACCGAGCUGCACUGCUCAACCCCACAGCUUCAGCAGGGGGAACAGAGACCAAAGAGACCACAUGAAACCAAUUAUCCCAAAGUGCCUUACAUCUCUCUGCAGGACAUCCACGCUGUGUCCCUGGUGCUGUGGGCUCAUGGUGGGACCGCCGAGCAUCCCUCAUGUUUUCUGCUAGCGUGUGCCUGCAGGAGCCAUGCAGACUCCUGUAGCCUUGUAACCAAAGCUGUGCCACCAGCUGUGUACCAAGCACAAUAAAUACCUUUUGUAAACCA